GGAUUUGGUAUAUACACAUACAAGAAUCGUUUCUUUAAAUAUGAAGGUGGCUGGCAUAAUGGCAAAAAACAUGGCCACGGAAAGUUAAUUAUGAGUGAUGGUGGAUACUAUGAAGGAGAAUUUAAAGAUGGAGAAAUGGAUGGUGCAGGAUUUCGAAAGUGGUCCAACGGCAACAGCUAUACUGGAGAGUUUGAUAAGGGUGAAAUUAAUGGCAUUGGAAUUAUGCGUUAUGCAGAUGGAGGAAGCUACGAAGGCGACUGGCAUUACAAUUUAAGAGAAGGAAAUGGAACGUUAACCACCAAAAAUGGUGAUAUCUACGAAGGAAUGUUCUAUAAUCAUAAAAGGCACGGGAGUGGUACUCAAGUCUACGGCGAUGGUGAUUGUUAUGAAGGCGACUGGAUCCUUGGCUUGCGCCAAGGACAUGGUGUAUUAAGAAGUACAGAUGGCAGCAUCUACGAGGGGCAAUGGCGUAAUGAUCGAUUUCAUGGCCUAGGUGGAAUGCAGCAUUCUUCCGGAGUAAUUUAUGAAGGCAUGUGGAUUGGUGGCCGGCCAUCAGUGGAAACUCACAAAUUAGUUAUCCUUGGAGACGAUAAUAUUGAAAUUAGUCAAGGUAGUCCAUUCAAUAUUGAAAUAAUGUGUUUAACCGAUGAAGGAGAGCCUACACAGGGUCAGUAA